GAAGCCGAACAGACAACAUUGGAGGGGUUAUGGAGGGCGAGAGGCGGUGCGUGGAGGUUUGAGGACAAACGUUGAGCUAUUUAGAGGGAAGGUCGAUGAAUCGUCGUGAUACUUUGGUGCUAGUCAGGAUGAAGUCGUACAUCUGUCUCUUGGCCCUGCUGCAGCUUCUGGGAUGCUCAGGUGCCCCGCUGCAAAACUCAGAGUUGGAGUCCAUGGCAACCAGAGGUCUUGAAGCAGCUCUGGCUGAGGUCAACUCUGUGUAUGCCAUCAACCACCUUUACAGGGUGACCCGAGGCUCCGUCACAAGGGUUAUUCCCGUGGGCCUGAACACCGUUGACCUGAUGAUGACGUUUGGCAUUAAAGAGACCGAGUGUGGGAAGGCCUCUGGGAGCGACCCGCAGACGUGUGCCUUCAGACCCGGCUUCUUUGUGAACACCCUCUCCUGCUCCAGCCGGGUGAGGAUUUCUGCGACCUCGACCCAGGUGGUGUCGGCCAGAUGCGGCCGUGACGGCAGCUCCAGCUCAGAGUCCAGCGAAGAGAUGUUCUCAAGAGGGAGACAACACUUCAUUAUCCCAUUGACAAACAGAGUCCCGGCUCCUUCCGCACCUUCUCCGCCUCCGCCUGCCCAGUCUGGUCGCUCCCUCCACAGCACCCAGACGGCGGACGUGAAGCCCAGGGGAGACGCUUUCAGCAACUUCCUGGUGUGAAGGCUCGGCUCGCUCUGGAAACAUUUUGGUGCAAAUCAGAAAACAAACUUGAAUUAUUAAAAAUGAUAUUUGCAUAUUA